GGUCGCGCGGAGCUUGCUGGGCGGUUCCUGCCGGAAGUGAAGGGCGGCUGAGCGCAGGCAGCAGCUGAGGCGGACGGAGGACGGAGGUGCUAAGCUAUGGCUGAUAUGCAAAAUCUGGUGGAGAGGCUGGAGAAAGCAGUGGGCCGACUAGAAGCAGUAUCCCACUCCUCUGGCAUGCACGGAGGGUGUGGAGACAGUUCUCCGAAAGGAGGAGUAGCUCCGUACGUGGAAGUUUUUGACUCUCUGCUUGCUGGCCCAGUAGCAGACUAUCUAAAGAUCAGCAGGGAAAUUGGGGGAGAUGUUCAAAAACAUGCUGAGAUGGUCUACACAGCUCUGAAGAUUGAACGCUCCCUUUUGGUGACAGCCUCUCAGUGCCAGCAACCAGAUGGGAAUAAGCUUUCAUCUUUCUUGGCACCUAUCUCUGAGAAGAUCCAGGAGAUUCAGAACUUUCGAGAGAAGAACCGAGGCAGCAAAUUGUUCAAUCAUCUAUCAGCUGUCAGCGAGAGUAUCCCUGCUUUGGGUUGGGUGGCCAUGGCACCAAAGCCUGGCCCUUAUGUGAAGGAAAUGAAUGAUGCUGCCAUGUUUUAUACAAACCGGGUGCUCAAGGAAUUCAAAGAUGUGGAUAAGAAGCAUGUGGACUGGGUAAAAGCUUACCUGACUAUCUGGACUGAUUUGCAGGCAUACAUUAAGGAGUACCACACCACUGGCCUAGCCUGGAGCAAAACGGGACCCACAGCAAAAGAACUGAGUGGCCUGUCAUCAGGCCCCUCAGCUGGAUCAGCCCCUCCUCCUCCACCACCUGGACCACCUCCUCCACCCAUCCCCACUAGCUCUGGCUCUGAUGAGUCUGCUUCUCGGUCGGCACUCUUUGCUCAGAUUAAUCAGGGAGAGGGCAUCACACAUGCUCUGAAACAUGUAUCAGAUGACAUGAAAACUCAUAAGAAUCCGGCCUUAAAGAGCCAGAGUGGACCCGUGCGCAGCGGCCCCAAGCCUUUCACAGCCCCCAAGCCGGCUGGCGGAGCCACUCCCAAGCCAGCCGCCAAGAAGGAACCCCCAGUGCUGGAGCUGGAGGGCAAGAAAUGGAGAGUGGAAAACCAGGAGAAUGUUUCCAACCUAGUGAUCAGUGACACAGAGCUGAAGCAAGUGGCUUACAUAUACAAGUGUGUGAGUUCUACACUCCAUAUCAAGGGCAAAAUCAAUUCCAUCACAUUAGAUAACUGUAAGAAGCUUGGCCUGGUGUUUGAUGACGUUGUGGGGAUUGUGGAGAUCAUAAACAGCAAAGACGUCAAAGUUCAGGUGAUGGGUAAAGUGCCAACUAUUUCCAUCAAUAAGACAGAUGGCUGCCACGUAUACCUGAGCAAGAAUUCUCUGGACUGUGAGAUAGUCAGUGCCAAGUCUUCUGAAAUGAAUGUCCUCAUUCCCACAGAAAGUGGUGACUUUAACGAGUUCCCUGUCCCUGAGCAGUUCAAGACGCUGUGGAAUGGGCAGAAGUUGGUUACCACAGUGACCGAAAUUGCUGGAUAAGGAGUGUGCCACUGGGUCCUGUGCCCUCCCCCCCAAACCACGGGAUACACCUGCAUUCAGAUGAUUCUCUUCUAGAUUUCCUCUACCUUUCUGCUCUUAAAGGCUUCUCUUUCCUUGGAGAAGUACAGCUACCUGCCUUCACUGAAUAUACCUCAGGCUGAGAUGUGGGGUGGGGCAGCAGGUCAGUUGGGCAUCUGCAUGUGAUCUGCAGGAAGGCGCAUCUUCUCCAUGUCAGCUUGAACCACACCACCAAUCUCUUGGUGAACUCGAGACCCUUUCGGAUGGGCUUCAGCUUUGGGAAGGGGGACACAUGGCUCCCUCCGGAUGAAUGGACCAGGUUGUUCCUGCAAGGGUCAGGCCUUUUGGUAAUGCAUUUCAGGAAGGUAGUGGAAGCUGAUGUGUAACCCCAGCUAGAUAUUCUAACCAAACUAAUUCACUGGCACCAAGUGAUGUUCCUGGGCCCCAGUGACAUGGCUGCCCUGGACCAAAAGCCAACACUCGGGCAACAGCAUUCCAAGCAGACUGGUUUCCCUGUUAGCAUUCCAUAUUCUCCUCUCAUUCUGUCUGUGCCAUGCCAGGAGGUUCCCUUGUACCAGCUGCCAGAGGAAGUCGGGGCUACAACAGACAGUCCACCCUACAGCAGUUAGGUGAAAGCUGGGUCCUCUUCAUGUGAGCCUUUGGGGUGUCGGCCAAGCACCUCUCUUCAGAAAAGUUUUUUAAAAAUUAUUCCAAGGAAUCUGGCAUUCCUUCUUCCCUUCCAUUAACUAUUAUGAAUCUUGACAGGUGCCUGUCGUCUGUUCUCUUUCAGAAUUGUCUUGGCUCAUGCCAUGUCUUGGCGCCUGCCUUCUUGUCCCUAAACGGUUUGACCUUUUCUUGGCUGGGAGGCUUAUGGCUUUUGUUUAUAUCCUGAACAGAAGCGUGAAGCCUUCAUUACAGGCUGUUGCAUGGGCUUGAACUUGAUGGUUUCAGGCCUUGAAUAGCUUUUCCUAUGUAUAAAUGGUUUUUAUUUUCCCUUUAGAAUAUUUACUAAAAUAUGCAAUUUUUUUUAAAAUUUUUGGUGGGGGGGGGGACUGUCCUGUGACUUCUACCCAUUCCUGAGGCUUGUGGGAAUAAACCUUUAUGUACUUAAAAUUAUACAGAAACUAGAAUAAAGUUAAUGCCAACUUGCUCA